AGGGGCACGUACACGUAGAGCAGGCAGCCUGACGUUGACGUUGGAGACGUUGACGAUGGAGACGUUGACGUUGGAGACGUUGAGUUGAGCAAGAUGGCGCCAAAGAAAAGAGCCUCGGGACCACCGGCUAAGGCCGGGGAGACGCGAAAGAGGAAGUCUUCCUCUGAGGCGAGUCCCAGUACCCCGAAGAAGACGCCCAAGGCGGGCAAGAGAGGAAAAGCAGGUCCUGGAGGGAGAGGCAGGAAGAAACCUGCCGCUGGGAAAAAGAUGGCAGCCGUGGGAGCCCCUGAGGCAGGGAGCAGGCCAGCACCACCCGGGCCCAGCCAGCCGCCGAGCCAGGAGCUUCCUCCAUGCAAAGUGCCUGUGAAGGAGGAGCCAGUGGGCGAGCCCGACCCACUGAGCCAGGAGACCCAGCUGGAGGAUCCACUGAGCCAGGAGACCCAGCUGGAGGAGCCACUGAGUGACGUGAUGACCGUCUCCACCUCGUCGGAUCCACCGAGUGACGUGAUGACCGUCUCCACCUCGUCCCUCAGCAGCGACUAAGUUCAGGCCCAGCUGCCAGGAGACUCGGAGAUCUCACCAGCGCAGGGGGCGCCCCCAUGCUGAUGUCAAUAAAUCCAAUGUGUUGCA